GCGAGCGGACCUGUGAGGUUUCAGUGCAACCUUUACGCAAAGGCGCUCUUCUUUUUAAAGACUCCUGUCUCCUCAAGUGGAUUGCUGUAUUAGAAAAUAUUGUUUCUUUUUGCGAAAUUAAAAUAAUUGAGAAAACGUAUACCAUACACAUUUGUUUCUGAAUUGACAUUGUUAGAGUGCGCAAAUUCUGUGUCGUUUAGUAUAUAAAACACCUGUCUUGGACUUUAAAGACGCUCCCUAGUGAUGAUUUUAUGAACUUUUCCGGAACGUUUUGUUUCCUCAAUGUCAGCCCUAAACGCUGUCAUGGAAUCGUUUGUGUCUUCAGUCACCGAGUCCACCGACAUCACCACACCGGACGAUCCGUUCACGGGUCCCAUCAAGUCUGUUGCGCCCUGGAAUUACACUUUCCUCGCCUGUCUGAUGUUCAUAGUGACUUCACUAUCUUUAACAGAGAACUUCACCGUUAUGCUCGUGACGUUUAAAUACAAACAGUUAAGGAAACCGUUGAAUUACAUAAUUGUUAAUUUAUCUGUUGCCGAUUUUCUAGUUUCACUGACAGGAGGCGUUAUAAGUUUUUUAACUAAUGCACGAGGCUACUUCUUCCUGGGUGUCUGGGCAUGUGUGCUGGAGGGAUUCGCUGUCACUUUUUUCGGGAUUGUGGCUCUGUGGUCUUUAGCAAUCUUGGCAUUCGAGCGUUUUUUUGUGAUCUGUCGUCCUCUGAAAAAUGUCCGGCUGGGAGGCAAGCAUGCAGCUAUGGGUCUUGUUUUUGUUUGGACCUUCUCUUUUAUCUGGACAAUCCCGCCAGUUCUGGGUUGGAGCAGUUACACAGUCAGCAAAAUUGGCACUACCUGUGAACCCAACUGGUACUCAACUGAUUACUAUGACCACACUUACAUCAUCACCUUUUUCACUACAUGUUUUAUCCUUCCUCUUGGCGUGAUCAUUAUCUCCUAUGGCAAACUUAUGCAGAAGCUCAGAAAGGUAUCGAACACUCAUGGAAGGCUGGGUAAUGCGCGUAAGCCUGACCGAGAGGUGGCGAGGAUGGUCAUUGUAAUGAUAGUUGCGUUCAUGGUUGGAUGGACGCCUUAUGCCGCAUUUUCAAUUAUUGUCACAGCGUGUCCCACAAUUCAUAUUGAUCCUCGCCUGGGCUCAAUACCAGCUUUCUUCUCAAAGACUGCAGCUGUAUACAAUCCCAUCAUCUAUGUCUUCAUGAAUAAGCAGUUCAGGAAGUGUCUGAUCCAAAUGUUUGGAGGAAAUGUCACCAGUCUGGAUUCCACCCAUGUGAACCAGACAUCAGACAAAGGGGCCAUCACUGCCACAGCAGAUAGUCAACUUGGAGAGAUGUCCACCAUUGCUGCUCGUGUGCCCAUGUCCAUUUGCAACAUGGAGAAGAGUGAGGAUGAAGAAGAGGAGCCGGAGCAGAGUGGGAAUGGAGGUCCAAAGCAGCUCCCUUUAUCGGAUAGUCGACUAUGUCCUUUGUAGAGAAGGAUUAGUAUGAUUAAAUAAUGUACAUCUUUAUAGUUUCCAUCCAGUAGUCUAACCUGUUGUCUAACUAAAGCAUAAAUCCUGCAGUCAUUACCUCUAUUGUAAUGCCAUAUGUUAGAAUGUAUGGUUUGUGUUUUCAUUAUGUUCUUUGUUGUUGUUCGUAUUUCUUUAUGUUGUGGCAAUUUGCAGUCUUGGCAUAUCUGUUCUUGAUAGUAUCACAUUAUUACCUAACAUGAAGAAGGCAAGCAAUACAUUUCUGUACAGUCCUCUGAGCAAAAGCUAUUUGUUUUUCGGAUCUGUGCAUACUCUUCUCUCACUAUAUUGCUGAUUGCACAUUAGUAUCAGUGCAGAUGUAGUGUUUUUUUUUUAAUGGCAAUUGUAACGAAAGGCCAAAAUAUUGCAAUAACUUUCAGUUUCAGAGUUGCUAAAGUAGAUUUUAUAUUAAAAUUAAGACUGUAUUGACUCACUUAAUAAUCAUUAAUAGUUGACUUAAAGAUUUUAGUUCAAAAAUCAGAAGAUAAUGUGAUAGGUUGAACAAUACAAAUAUGCUGCAGAUGCUUCAAUGUAGUGAUAAAAAGUGCAAGACAUGGCGCUGGAGCAUUGUAAAAAAAAAAAAAAAAAAAAAAAAAGGAAGAAGUGCAGCACAAAACGCAGGGGUCUCAGCACUUUUAUGAGACAAGCUCCAGCAAAAAAACUGGAAUUAACAUAAAUAGCCGUAAAGGAGAUUUAAAAUCUGCUGUUUUUGAAAAUCUAUUCUGCCGAUACAACUGUUGCUGCUCUCCCUGGUACAGGGGUGUCCAAUCCUGCUCCUGGAGGGCCACUAUCCUGCAAAGUUUAGCUCCAACCCCAGUUAAACACAUCUGGACCAACUAAUCAAGGUCUAACUAGAAAUACUAGAAACUUCCAGGCAGGUGUGUUGAGGCAACUCUGCAGGAACGUGGCCCUUCAGGAGCAGGCUUGGACACCCCUGGUCUAGUGCAUGUUUACAUAAAAACCCAAUUAAAAAUAAGUGUAUACACCUCAGCAUCUAAUAUACUGCUGUAAUAGAUAUCAUAAUUAAUUUAGUAAACUAACAAGUUAGACAUGACUGGUUUGGCAGCGUAUCUGUAGUAAUAAACCAUGCAAUUAAUGUCCCUCAUCUCAAGGAAAUGAGAUCCUUGUCUGCUGUUUGCAAUCUUGUUUUGAGAGGUUUAAUGAAGAAAGAAUGUUUAUUAUAAAUUGUAUUUAUAUAGUAGCCUAUACUGUAUACUUUGAUAUAUGAGUGCUUGUGAGUUUGAGUGAACAGUCUGAAUGUCUUAUUAGUUCAUAAUGUUUGAUGUUUCCUCAGUUUCUGUCCAAAGUAAAAAAAAAAAAAUAUUGAUAUUGCUGUUUGUGGCAUGCCAAUGAAUGUUUUACUUAUGUAUUUAUCAAUGUCAUGGAUUAUAAUAAUCAUGUUUCUUAUUUUUAAAACAUGCCAGCGUUGUAGAACUUAUACACAUUGUAGCACAUAAUAAAACAACCUGCAAUAACUUUC